GAGAGUUCGAUUGGCGGGGAAGAUGCCUUCCCAUGUUCUAUAGAACAACCGAAAACGACUGCUUGCGUUUUGAUUUUCGCAACGCGACAUCGUCACAUGCAAACAACAGUUGGAUGACCCAGACGUAAUUUUCCUGAAAGACAAAUUAAGGCUAAAUUUGGAGAAUAUAUCGGCAUAGGUACCGAGCCUGCGAACCUCCGCUACAUCAUGGAGGAGAUGAUGAGGGCAGCUCGGGAAAAGAAAGGCAACUACCGAGAGGGACUGAAGUGUACGGACACCACGUUUGACGGGGUCAGGGUCCGCGUGUACGAGCCAGUGUCGGCGGGAGAGAGCAGCGGCACACGGCCAGGCUUAGUGUACAUCCAUGGAGGCGGCUGGGUUGUUUUUAGUGUCGAUGUCUAUGAUCAUCUGACAGCUCAUCUUGCUAAACAACUAGGGGUGGUCGUUGUGUCAGUGGAGUACAGACUCGCUCCUGAGCACAAAUUUCCGGCGGCUUUCGACGACAGCGUUUCCGCCACAAGGUUCUUCCUCCAGAACGCAGAGAAGUACAACGUUGAUCGCACCCGAAUCGGCAUCAGUGGGGACAGCGCAGGGGGCAACCUGGCCGCAGCCGUCACUCUCGCGCUAGCUAAAGAAAAGGGACUUCCUAAGUUAAAGACACAGGCCCUUAUUUAUCCAAUCGUGCAAGCCAUCGACUUUAACACGCCUUCCUACUCAGACCAUGGCCACUUGAAUACUUUAAGCAAAGAUGUAAUGGUGGCAUGUUGGCUAUGGUAUCUAAAUAAUGACCAGUCACUUAAGGCCGUGUUCAAAACCAACAACCACACAAGCGACCAGCUGAAGAAAUCUCAGUAUUUCGGGUACGUGGAUACCAAAAUGCAACCAAAAGUGGUCAUUAAGAAGGAAAACAUGAAAUUUCCUGACAUUCCUAACAUCGCUGCCAUCUUAGAUCCACGUUUGGCGCCUUUGAUGGCAGAUGACGCUGAUCUGAAAGGUCUCCCACCGACGUACGUGAUGACGUGUGAGUAUGACGUGUUGAAGGACGAAGGUGUAAUGUACGUCACACGACUGGAGAGGGCUGGGGUUAAAGUCGAACAUGAUCAUUAUGAACGCGGCUUCCACGGCUUGUUAAACCAUUUUGAUGUUUAUGAGUUAGGAGGCACUGCCAUGGAAAAAUAUGUCAUGUAUCUAAAGAAGGCUCUAUGAAUCUUACCCACUUUGUAGCACUCCAUCCCUGCACCACUUGACUUACUGUCACAUAUUGUGCAAUUUCUCAAACAUACGCCAUUCAAGAAUGUGAAUAUGUAGAGUUCAAUCAAUAAAGGUUGUAAUGAAUAUUUGUUAAUGCAAUGAAACAAUUUUUUUACUGGAAAAUUCACUAAUCAAAAACAUGAGGAAUUCUGUAAAACAUACCAGUCAAAUACCAGUCAUUCUAAUGAAAUAUAAGACAAAGGGCAUGUUCUCAUGCAUUUGUCUGGUCAACCAACCGAGAACAUUAAAUUAGAACAAAGUUUUCACAUGUCAGUUGUUGGGGGCGUAUGAGCCUAGACAUAAUGUUAUGUUGUGACCUUGUAGUCUCUAAAUUACGCUUCAUUUAGUAAUAUCACUAUUAACUUCUCCAAAAAAGAAAAGGAAUGGUUUCGUCGUCGUUAUUGUCUUGACCCUCUAGUAUCUUCAAACAUACCGGUUUGAUCUUUA